GAUAUAUUACCAACUUAAUUUAAAUAUUUUAUUUUUAUCCAUUAUAUAUAUAAAUAUAAGGAGUCUCAGUGUAUGGAAGGAUUAUGUGAAAGCGUGCUUUGUCUAUCAUUCUAGAGAGAGAGAGAGAGAGAAAAAAAGUAACAGUUUCUCAGACCAAUAAAAACGGCACCGUUCAUUUAGACAGAAACGCUGGUGAAGAGAGAUUUUAGAUGUGUUAAUUUUGCUGGAAUUCUUUAGAAGAAGAAGAAGAAGAAACAGAGGUUGAAAACGACGGCGUAUUAGUUUGUAUCAGAGAUGGCGAUGAAGGGUUAUUUGGAUGAGUAUGAAAAGCUUGUUAUUAGGAUGAACACUCCAAGGGUCGUUAUCGACAAUGGUGUUUGUUCUUCAGCGACAAUCGUCAAGGUUGAUAGUUCAAGAAGAAAUGGGAUAUUGUUAGAAGCUGUACAAAUUCUCACAGAUUUGAAUCUCUCCAUUAAAAAAGCUUACAUUUCUUCUGAUGGAACAUGGAACAUGGAUGUUUUUCAUGUCACUGACUUAAACGGAAACAAAUUGAAUGACCAGAGCGUCUUGAGAUACAUUGAACAGUCGAUCGAGACGGUUUACUAUGGAGAAAACAUUGAAGUAAACGGUUUAACAGCUUUGGAGUUAACCGGAACAGACCGAAUCGGUUUACUAUCUGAGAUGUUUGCGGUUCUCUCUGAUCUCAACUGUGAUGUGGUUGACGCUAAGCUAUGGACACAUAACGGUAGAGUUGCUUCUGUGAUCUAUCUCAAAGAUUGUAUCUCAGGAGCUCCGAUUCUCGAUUCUCACCGGAUAUCAAAGAUCGAAGGACGGUUAAAGAACGUUUUGAAUGGCGAUAACGAUGUUAACUCUGCUGCAAAGACUUGUGUUACUGUGGAUUCGAUGAUGCAUAUCGAACGUAGACUUCAUCAGCUUAUGUUUGAAGAUAGAGACUACGAGAGGAGAUCUAAGAAACAUGAGAGAUCUCCAAUGGUGGUUGUGACGGUUCAGAAUUGGGCUGAGAGGGGUUACUCUGUCGUUAAUGUUCAUUGUCGGGACCGGACCAAGCUUCUAUUCGAUGUGGUUUGUACGUUAACCGAUAUGGAAUAUGCUGUGUUUCAUGCUACUAUCAACACAGCUGAAGACCAAGCUCACUUGGAAUUCUAUAUCCGGCAUAAGGAUGGAUCACCGAUAAGUUCGGAAGCAGAGAGGCAACGAGUGAUUCAAUGCUUAGAGGCUGCAGUUGAAAGAAGAGCACUAGAGGGAGUGAGAUUAGAGCUGAGGCAUCCGGACAAACAAGGUUUACUAGCGGAAGUAACGCGGACAUUCAGAGAAAACGGUCUGAAUGUUACAAGAACAGAGAUAUCAACGAGUAGCGACAUGGCUACAAACAUAUUCUAUGUAACUGAUGCAAAUGGAGACGAACCGGACUUCAAAUUGAUUGAAUCGGUUAGGGAGAAAAUCGGUUUGGAGUGUUUGAGAGUGAAGGAGAUGCCAACAAUGUAUCAUAAGAAGGGAGAUGGAGAAGAACAACAACAAACCAAAGCAGUGUUGGUUUCACUUGGAAGUUUGGUUUGGAGAAAUCUAUUCAACUUUGGUCUUAUCAAAUCAUGUUCUUAAAUCUUUCAAAUCUUGGGUUGACCGAACCACCGGUUCGAUGAAAUUCAUCCUUUGAGAGGCACGCGGAUUUUGUUUAAGAAGUCUGCUUGCCUUGGAAAGGAUAAACCUUUUGAUUCGUGUGGUUUGAUAGGUUAAAUUUUAAGUUAGGUGAUGGUUUGGUCAUGUCAUGUUAUUGUAAAUAUAGAAAAAGAGGAGAGGGAUGAUUAGAAAUUCAGAAAUUGCUUACUUUUUUUUUAUUGUGGGGUUUUAGAUGAAAGAAGAGGUUGUACAAAAGUUUCUAAGAUUAAUUAUUUUAUUACAUUUGUUUUGUUAAGUUUUUGUGUGUUGUUAGAUUCUUAGUGGUUGACUUGUAUUGUCUUAGUGGAAUAUUAUAUUGUUUACAGGUUGGAUUCCAAUUAUGGAAAUAACAAAGAUGUGGUAAUGAUUUUUCAACA